AUGAAUUCCUAUUUUACAAACCCAUCGUUAUCUUGCCAUCUAACCAGUGGCCAAGAUGUGCUACCCAAUGUAGCUCUCAAUUCAACGGCUUAUGACCCCGUCAGGCAUUUUUCUACCUAUGGAGCAGCCGUUGCUCAAAACCGGAUUUACUCUUCUCCUUUUUAUUCACCGCAAGAUAAUGUUGUGUUUAGUUCCAGCCGAGGACCAUAUGACUAUGGAUCUAAUGCUUUUUACCAAGAAAAAGACAUGCUUUCUAGCUGCAGGCAAAAUUCUAUGGGACACAAUACACAGACUUCAAUUGCACAGGAUUUUACCAGUGACCAAAACAGGAACACUUCGCAAGAACAAAAAACUAGCAUUCAAAUAUAUCCAUGGAUGCAGCGCAUGAACUCCCACAGUGGAGUCGGCUAUGGAGCGGAUCGUAGAAGGGGUCGCCAGAUCUAUUCCCGCUACCAGACCCUGGAACUGGAAAAGGAAUUCCACUUCAAUCGCUACUUGACAAGGCGGAGGAGGAUUGAGAUCGCCAAUGCACUUUGCCUAACGGAGCGUCAGAUCAAAAUCUGGUUCCAGAACAGGAGGAUGAAAUGGAAAAAAGAAAGUAACUUGAGUUCCACUCUGUCUGGGGGAGGCGGCGCAGGCGCUGGGGCAGCUGGAGAUAGCUUGGGUGCAAAGGAAGAGAAGCGAGAAGAGACAGAGGAGGAAAAGCAAAAGGAGUGA